AUCAAAGAUGGCCGUGAAAGGGAGGGACUGCGUCCGCACACCUUCAAACGGCUGCCUACUUCCUGCAUUGACCACUGUGAUAUAAACUCGGCGCGCCGAACUGCUGCUCAAGUCCUCCUAUACUGUACUACUAAGCUGUUGGAACUGAGGUGCUCUUUCUGCUAUUCUAGCUGUGACUGGGAUAGUACUGCCUGACAACGCUAUUUGCUAUAUCACCGCAAAGUACAAGAUUAAAUCAAGACUCUAAAUACAUCUUGUCAAAAAUUUUAAAAAGAAGCAAAUAUGAAUGCCCCGCACUUCAUAGACUUUCUGCUUAUGUGCAUAUCUUGUGCAGCAAGUGUAUUGGCAGCAAACUCCACUGUUUCCGCUACGUUGCCAGAAACAAAUUUCACCGAUUUUGGCGCAACUUUCACCUAUCGAGAAGUAGAAAAAGAUCUUCCCUUGAGCAGGAGGAAGCGUUAUAUUUCCCAAAACGACAUGCUUGCAAUUCUUGAUUAUCACAAUAAAGUAAGAGGAAAGGUUUUCCCUCCAGCGUCCAAUAUGGAGUACAUGACAUGGGAUGAGACAUUGGCAAAGACGGCAGAGGACUGGGCACAUGCGUGUCAGUGGGAACAUGGUCCUCGCCACCUUCUUCGCUUUCUGGGUCAGAACCUUUCUGUCAGGACUGGACGCUACCGUUCCAUUCUCCAGCUGGUGAAACCCUGGUAUGAUGAAGUCAAGGACUAUGUUUUCCCCUAUCCAAAUGACUGUAACCCCAGGUGCCCCCUGAAGUGCCAUGGACCCAUGUGUACGCAUUAUACGCAGAUGGUUUGGGCCACAACCAACAAAGUUGGCUGUGCCAUUCACACGUGUCAAAACAUGAAUGUGUGGGGGAACGUAUGGAAACGGGCCACCUACUUAGUCUGCAACUAUUCAUCUAAGGGGAACUGGAUCGGAGAAGCCCCCUACAGAGUAGGCGUCCCGUGCUCAGCCUGUCCUCCAAGCUAUGGAGGCUCAUGCUCCAAUAACAUGUGCUUCCCGGCCCUCAACACAAACUACCUGCAGUGGUUCAAAUAGAUCCACAAGUUCCAGCAAAUGGUAUCCUAAUCCCUAUGUGGUGCCUCGUGCAGACCGAUGGGUCCUGGUCACAAGUUUUACCCUGUAUAGGGAGUAGCGUGCCAUUUGGGACACAUACUAACACCAAGCUAAACACCUUGACCCCUGAUUCUGACCCCAACCCAGAGACCCCCUGCUCCCCCAAAGGAUUUGCACAUCAAUCCUGGAAAUUUUUUUGUAUAUAUGGGCUUAUUUAAGACACAAGCAUACAUUGGAAGACAGCAUAUGUUUUGAUAAUGUGUACAUAGAUUGUAUAUUGUUUUUUUUACAUUGUUACUUUAGUUUUUCUUCAUUAUUUUUAUAUGAUGAAUUGGAGUGAUUCACAGGAAGAUAAUUCAUCUUGUGAGGGAUGUUUUUGUUGUGGAUGCUUUACAGUAUUAUGGGUUUACCGUAACAUACCAGGUACUCAUGUAUCUUGGAUGCGCGUGGACAAGCAUCACCAUGGUAACAUGUAACCAAUGGAAGAUGCCCUGCCAUUCUGGAGACGGGCCACUGGCACUGCAGCAUCACUACCUAGUGAACAUACUCUGAUUGCUAACUGUAAACAUAUAAAUUGGAACGAAACAGUUUUGCUGUUAUUCAGUUACCUGUUCACUAGUGAAGAAAGUACCGUCUCAUGACCGGCAAGGUGUCUCCAGACAUGCUUAACUUUUCCAUGUCCUGUGGGGCCUCCAUUUAAUAGGCGUAUCAGAUGGCCAGAUGCAGGAGUACAUAAGUAAUAGCUGCUUAUAUAUAAUUGUUUUCACGGUGCUAAAGGCAUUUCUCACGCUGUGUUCGGGAUUCACUGCAGGGUGGGUUAUUGCCCAGUGAACUGAAUGGCCAGUUUUGCUACUUCAAGGCAUCCUGGUCAGUUUUGUGGAGAUUGCGAAUUAAUUAUUAGACAAAUUGGCUUAACCGUAGAUUAUCUUUGAAUGUCUGUUAUAGCGUGCUGUGCUAUAAUAACACACUUUGGAUUAAUACUGGCGUCUCUCAAUGGUGCUAAAUUCUUUACACAUGCUUUGUGGGUUUUGCCUUGACACUGUCAGAAAUACGUGGUCUUGGCCUUCAGGCCUCAAAUAUACAGCUAAAUCUACAAGUAGGCUACCAAACCACAUGGCUAGCUUAUGACAUCACCAUCCAUAUCCUGAAGCAAAUUGGCAAACCGUGUCUUCACCACAGUACUGGAACAUCUCCAGAGUGAACUGAAUGGCUUGUAAUAUCUUCGUGGUGUGGAGUGUACCUGGAUUUCCUAGUAUUCCCCUCGAUUAUGACCAGGAUGUCUGCAAAAAAACUGGGAUUUUUGGAAAUAUCCAUGGAACUUUGCAGCUUUUUGUGUUUAGAGAUCCAUUUGGGAUUCAUUGGCCUCGUGCUGCUGUAGACAAUGGGACCGUGACAAAUGACUUCACCAAUCCAGGGUAACUUUAAUUUUGAUGUUGGGAAGCGCUAUUUCAGACUACUAUAAAAGUGUGUAUUGGGUCCUCUUUGUAAUAAUCAGUAAUAUUAUAUGUUAUAUUUUCCAAGUCCAGACAAGCUUGUUCCUGAAACAUUACUAGAUGACAGGUUCAGUAUGCACUGGUUGUGUUGCUUUUAACAUAUUUCUGGGCAUUUUAUCUAGUCGUUUCAGUGUAAUUUGUAUAACUUGGCCUAAAAGGGCAGUAUUGCAUGAAUAUGAUAGGGUAUGCCUUUCCAACAAACUUGGCUGCAAGGGUCAUGGGUUCAAGUCUUAAUGCAUGGUUCUGUUGUUGUGUGUUGUAUAAUGGGUUCACCAGGGAUGGAACUUAAGUAUUUUGGACACUAGCCAGGCCGGCCAGUAGACCACAGCUAGCCUGUAUUUGGAUGGCUAGUUUUCUACUAGUUCCAUCUAAAAUGUACUAGCCACAGGCUAGUUGGCUUUCUUAAUUUCCAUCUCUGAUGUUCCCUGAUCUGCAUUCAGUUCUCAGAUAGAGAACCUCAUCUUCACGUGCACCUUAAGGGUUUGUAUAAUUUCAUAAUAUCAGGAGAUUACCUGUUUUAUGUUCAUAGCACUCAUACUUUGAAUAUCCCUAUACUAUAUUCGUACUUGCAAGUUAUUCGGUUUUAUACACAAUACAUAUUUAAUUGAAGUACUUUUUUUUUUUAUAUAAUUUUCGAAAUGGGUUGUACAUAAAUGUGUAAAGGAAUUCUUAGUAAUUGGCUACUGGGUUUUGAUUAAGAUAUUGUAAUGUAAAAAAGAGAGAGAGAAAGAAAAACGUGUAUUGUUUUCUCCAACUUAAUAUGGUCGAUAUGGAAACUGUUUAUAAACUUGGCACUAUUGGCAAGAAAUGCCUCCACAAUUUUGACUUGGCAAGUCUGUCAGAAUUCCUUUUGAAUCUAGGUCAGGAUUCUCUCCCAUCUCUGAACUCUGCUGUGUCAUGCUCUCUCCACGCCAGCGUCCCAAAUGGUAUAACACCCCCAUUUAUACUAGUGCACUUUGUUUUGCCAGGGUCCAUAGGGCUCUGAUCAAAAGUAGUGCACUAUUUAGUGUGCUUUUUGGACCAGGUGUACAUGACCCAUAAUGACAGGCCUACUGAGUUGAAAUAUCAUAAAAAAAUAUAUUAUUAGCAGUGCUAAAGAAACAAAUGGAGCAAAAUUAGAACAUUUGUCAACAACAUCAACUGAGAUCAGACUGAUCAAGAUUAAAAUUAGGAAAUGAACAUGAUCAUUUUUAAUUGUUUGAUUCAUCCGCACUGACUAUUUAAAUUCUUUGUAUUUAUGAUUAUGAUUGUGCUUCUUUGGUGGAUGUAUUUUGUAAUAAAAUAUUGGUUUGCUUGUU